CCACCGUCCAACUUACUUCCUCUGUCUAGAAAUCUCCAUUCCCCUGCUCCACAAAUUCUUUCGUUUCUCUCCCCCUUCUCCCUCUCUUAGUUUCACCAACCAGCUUGAGUAGAACUGAGGGUUAAGCCAUCCUUUUCUCAUAAUUUCUCCACCUAAUCAUGGCUGUUUUAGCGCUGGCUUUGCUCUUCAUCUUAGCCUUUGCCGGCUAUUCAGAUGCAAGUUACUGUGUCUGCAACAGUGGUGUGAGUGACAGUGUUCUUCAGAAAAACAUAGAUUAUGCUUGUGGAAAUGGGGCUGAUUGUUCAGCAAUUCAACAAAAUGGGGCUUGCUUUAACCCUAACACUGUUAGGGAUCACUGCAGUUAUGCUGUGAAUAGCUAUUAUCAGAAGAAGGGCAAUGCCCCAAUGAGCUGUGAUUUUCAAGGGACUGCCACUGUCACUCCCAAUCCUCCCAGUGUAUCUUCUUCAUCAUGUGUCUAUCCUUCUAGUGCUAGCAAUGCCGGUGGCACUACUCCAUCGACCACCCCUCCCGGGACUCCGACCUCUCUACCACCUCCGGCCUCUACAACUCCAGGGGGCACCACUCCAACUCCGGGAGGCAACACCACCCCAGGAGGCAGCACUUUCCCGGGCGGGACUACCACCCCAAGUGGUAUCCCGGGGUCACCCACAACUCCUGGUUUUGGCCUUGCACCGACGGGGACAGGAACUGGAUUUGACAGCGGUAGUGUCAAGCUUCUAUCAUCUCAAAGCAGCACCUUCAUGCUUGCUGCAGUGAUCUUCAUAUUCACCCUCUUUUUCCCAAUGAUGUGAUGAAAACCACCCUCGAGUUGUGCAAGAUUCGACAGACGAGAGCCGGAGGAACGAAACGGAUGGACCGAUGUCGAGGCCGCAAAGAAGUGAUUCUCCACUUGAGAGACUUUUUCUUUUUGUGUUGUUUUCUUGAAAAAAGGAAGAGUAAGGGAAUCUGAUUCUGUGUGGGUGGAGAUGUGUGGCUGUUUUCUUUGGGUAGAAUGUGCUCUCCUCUGUUUAUAUUUUUCCUGUGUAAAAUCUAGAUUAGGGCCCCUAAUAUGUUGCUUUGUAUGUUUGAAAUUUUAUUGAGAUUUUUAUA